CUCGGCCGCGUCAGAGAGGGGCUCCACGCCGACGUUCCAGGCGGCCGCGCGGAGUAUCAGUCAGGAGCUGGUCCGUGAGCGUGACCAGAGCCUCACCGAACGGUGGACAGACUCGCUGCGCAAGUCGCGCGAUCGGCUCCGCAAGCGGUUCUCGCUGAAAGACGAGCGUCGCCCGGCCAGUGAGCCUGCUGGGGGUGCUGCCGCAGAGGAGGACGACCCGUCGCCGCCGCUACCAGUGGGGUCCGAUGGUCAGGAGCGCAGGAGCCGUCGCGAUGGCGCCAAACGGGCCGAUGUCUUUCUGCAGCCGGUACGCCGAUUUGGAAAGGUAGCCAGCCGCAGCGCCGUCGGCAAGCCGGUGGUGCGAUUCGCCAAGACCUGCCGGCGCGACGUGCCGAAACCCUAUCGGUUCAUCAGAGACAAGCUGCGCUCGAGGAGCUCGGAGCCGCAGCGGCUGAGAUCGGACAGUCCGCGGCCGCGCUCCCUCUCACCAUCCAACGGCGGGAGCAACAACGAGGACGAGAUCGUGUUCGCGUUCGGCACGGCCAAGGAGCAGGAGGAGCACAUCUACGACCCGGUCGGAGAGCCGCCUGAAGUCGACCGGACGAUCCGAGACGCCGACGACGAGGACGACGCCGACGACGCCUCGCCGGUAGUGGAGGAGCCGGAGGACGACUUUUCACGUUUCUCGCGGUUCAGUAAGACGCAGUACGAGCAGGAACCGGCCCGAAAGACGGAGUCGGCGCGCUCAGAGCCCGAGCAGAGUUCCCGUACUCCUACCCCGUGUCUGAAGGAUACCUCAGAUAGCGGCCGUAACAGCCGGCCAGGCUCACGUUCGUCGAGAACAGAGGACUUUCCCAAAUCAGUCCGCUUCGGCAAGAAGCGCGUCUCGGACGGUUCUGACAGCGUGGGCGUGCGCUUCAAGCCGCUGUCGACCUCCUCCAGUCAGGACGAGGACGUGGGAAGCUACCACGGCCUCCAGCGCGUCAGAGUGCAGCUGAAGGACGACGCCACCGGACUCAACAUUGUCAGCAAGAUCGCCCAGCAGCAGCCGCAGCAGCAGACGCCACCCCAGCCGGACGUGGUAGCCCUGCCUCCGAUCGAGAUCCGUCAGCUGGACGAGCCGCCACGCGUGCUGAGACCCCGAUCGAACCAGUCUACACCCGAGAGUCCUGUGUCGUCGGACACAACGCCCGUGUUCACGCCAGUAGAGACAACACCGCCAGCCUCAGCCUCUACACCAGCCGAGCCGGCCAGAGGAAAGAAGCAGAGAGCACUACCGUCGUGGGCUUCGUCGAGCAAACCGGCGCCUGCUGUGGUACCUAACGACCCGCCUCCGCCGCCUCCGGCCGCUGUGGCUGGUCCGAGUGUCACACCGGUGCGCGCUGCCGUGACUGUCGAGACGACUGUGGUCUCUUACGAGGAGCCAGAGCCAGAUCCGGAGCCGGAGCAGAUCAGUGAGCCAUCUCCGCCGGAGAUCACACUCACUACCGACUGCCGGCCGCCGCGUCCGCCGCCGCCCGCUCCGGAGACUCUGGAGCGCUGCCGCCGUCCCCUGCAGGCGAUCGAUAACACCCAGAAAAUCGAGCCGAAGACGAAGGAGCCGCCGGCGCCGCGCGAGCCCUACCAGCCUAAGAUUCGUGAGUACGCCGAGAGCCGUCGCGCGCUCACCCUCAAACCGCCGCGUAAGAAGAAGCGGAGCGACGCUACCGAUCCACGCUCGCAGUCCGCUGAUCAGGCAGACCGUGCUGACGAGCGGACCAUCGCCAUCUUCGGCACGGUUACCAGGCCCGCUCGCACCAAGCGCCGCGGUGUGUCAGCCUCGGCUGUGGACCGCGCGCCCAUCAGCCGCGAGCCGCCGCCCCGUCCGCCGCCGCCGGCGCCGCGCCGCCCGCCCCGCGGCAGGAGCGGCAGCCGGGGCCGCCGCGCCGCCGUCUCGCUAAACGACGUGCGCUACGCCGACGAGUCUGCCACUGAGGAGUCUGCCGACUACGGCGACGGCCGCAGCUACCGCCGGCUCCUGGACGACGCCGACCAGGGUCCGUACCGUCCGACGCGCUCGUUGACUCGACCGGCGCGCCGCUCUCUGCCUCAGAGUACCGUCACCGGGCGGCUGGUGGUCGGCGGGGGACAAAUCCGCGUCCAGGGAGACGAGGAGACACCGCCGGCGCGACCCAGCCGCGGCGGCCGCGGGCAGCUCGAGCCGUCCGCGCGCGGACAUAACGACACGUUCGACAGCAUCGGCGAAGGCCCGGACGCUGCGCACGAGACCGUCCAGCACGCGCCGGGCAGUGUGACCAGCGAGGGGCCGCGCUCGCUGCACUCGUUCCAGCAGGAGGAGCUGGGCAGCGGCGACGAACUGAUGCUGAUAGUACACGACUCAGAGCGCGACGGCCACGGAGACUCGGGCAGGAGGGAGCCAGAGCUGUGUCUGGUGAGCAGGCAGAAGGAGGGGAAAGAGAACCAGCCAGAGGGAGACCGGGAGAGCUCGCCUGAGGUGCAGCUGAGGAAGCUGACCCCGGGGAGACCCGAGUACGCGCACGUGAGGAAGCGCUCGUCGCUGCUGCUGAGAGAGCAGGAGGCGGACUACGACUAUCCGCCGCCGGUGCCGAAGAAGCUUAACGACCUGCGACCGUCGUCUCCGUCCGCGCCGCCGCGCAGGAGACCGGCUAGCCUCUCACCGGGCCGGGCCGGACUGGACGGAAACACUACCUGGCCAAAGAGGCGCCACACCACCGCCCCGGCGGACUCCGACGUGACGGACGCGCCGGUCGCGCCGCCGCCGCGCACCGUUCGCCGCAGUAAGGUGCGCAGCAGCACCGUACCAAGAGGCUUCAAGGCGAACAGGAGCAUGAGACCCACGCUCUACCACCUGGCCAAGGAGCAGCGAUCGCAGGAGGACGGCGUGGACAUGAAGAACCGGCCGCUGCCGCCGCCGCCGCCACCGCCGCGCAAGAAACCGUCGGGAUACUCCAACCCGAGCCUGAACGCCGACUGUGUCGCUGCGACUGAGGCGCCAGUAGUUGUGCAGAUGCAGACACAAGAGACUGCGCCGGCGCCGCUGCCAGUGGCUGAGACCCCAGCCAAAGAGACCCCGGCCGUAGUCGCGGCUUCGCCCGCGCCUCCGGCCCCGGAGCCGGAGCCUGUUGAAAUGGUCGGUGUCUCCCCGGCCGGUUCUGAUCAGGAGCUCUCCUCCCAGGCCACUGACGCGCCCUCAGAGAUCACCCUGCGCUCUGAGGGCAGCCAGGCGACCCUGACCUCCGGCCGCGACCCCGGCUGUGAGAGUACCGAUGACGAGUUCUUCUCGAUGGCCAGCGAGGCGGACGGCCGCCGCCGCACUCCUCCCUCGCCAACCGACAGAGUAAAACAGGACAGCCCGGCGAGCGGUGCCGCCAAGCCGCCGGGCCAGCAGCAGCUGGAGAAACACCAGCAGCAGCAGCAGCAGGCCGGCCUGGUGGCCGCCGCGCCGCGGCACGUGCUCGUACCACACUUCAUCCAGCGGGUGUCCACCUCGGAGAUGGACGCGGCGUCAGCCAACAUCCUCGACCUGACCGCCGGCAGGAUUAAGGUGACCGAGCUGGAGGUGGAUCGCAUCUACAUCCGCGAGGGACGCGUCAAACUCAUCUGCCAUGAGGAGGGCAGUGACGACGAGGGCGCCGGCGCGGGCGGCCGCGCGGCCCCGCCGCCGCCGUCGCCGGCCGAGCCGCGACUGCCGCCGGCUGACGGGCCGCCAGGCGGCGCCAGCGGCACGGACGGCGGCAGCGGCGGCGGCGGACAGCCGGCCGGGGCGGCCGGCGGCGCCCCGCGCUCCGCCGCCGCCGCCGGCGCGGCCGGAGGGACCGGCGAACCGAGCAGCAGCUCCGACUCGUCGUCCGAGAGCCGCGCGCCCGACCCGGCUCUGCUCCGGGAGCUGGACGCCGUCGAAAACCAGCUGCGGCAGAUCGGGUCGUGCCUGCAGGAGAUUCAGCGCGGCGGCUGCCGCGGCCGGAGCGAGCCGGUGCCGAGCGCGCCGCCGGCCGCCGGCCGACACUUCAUCCCGCGCCGGGACGGUGACUCAGACGACUCGGCCGCAAAGCGGAAGAGCGCCGAGUGCGAGGACGCCAGUCCGCCGCGCUCGCCGGUCGCUGCCGGGCCGUCCGUGCACGCGCGCCUCGAGGGUAUAAAAACAGCACUCGAGCAAGUGAUAUCGCCCGAGCGACAGGCGCUGUCGGCGUCGGCCGCGCAGUCUAGCGCCGCCCCUGCCGCCGGCGACACAGACAGCCGAGCCCCCGCGCCGGCCGCGCAGUGCGCGCCCGACAACGACUCGGAGUGUAUCUACGGCAUACCGGCCGAGGUUGCCGACGCGCCCGGCCGGAGAGUGCGUCUCAGUCAGCUGUUCAGCUCGUUCGGCAAGGGUCUGCGCCGGCGCUCGGGCGCGCGCAAGGAGCGCAGAGCGCACAGCCAGUUUUACGUGGAUCUCGACCGGUCGGAUUCGGACAGCAGCGGUCUCGAGCAGCACCCUCGGCCGCACAGUGACCCGUCUCUCGACUCGUCCUCUUCGGGCAGUGGAACUCGCAGCUCCUCAGAGACAGUCGUCAUGGGCGGCACGACCAGCCAGCCGGAGAGGUGCGUCAUUCCCAAACAUCAGCUGGUCAAACAUCAGCCGGCCGACGGCUGCCUGCAGUACGCCCGGGUCAUACAGGAGUUCAGCAGCAACCUGCAGAACCUGUGCAGACAGAUGCCGAACGGUAACACCAUCGGCAGCACGGGCGGAGGAACAUCAGACGAGGCGCCCGACCCGGACCCGGCCACCGAGCCGCCGCCGCCGCCGGCCGCGGAGAACUCCGACUCGGACUCGGAGUCAGAGACUCUGCACACGGCGUGCGACCAGCCGCCGCCCUCGCCGGACGCCAGCCGAUCCUUCCUUGUGGCGAAAGAGAUGAUGACCUCGGAAGAGACGUUCGUCGACGCGCUGCGUCUGCUGAACGAGGACUUUCGCGCGGCGGCGCUAUCCGUUCCGCCUGACGCCAGUCCUGCCGGCAUCCCUGAGGCCGACCUGGACCAGAUUCUGGUCCACCUGCCCUCGCUACAGAAACUCAACGAGGAGCUUCUGGCCGACCUGCGCGCGCGUGUCGCUAACUGGAGCCGCCAGCCGCGUAUCGCCGAUGUGAUCGUGCGCAAGGGUCCGUUUCUGAAACUCUACUCGGCCUACAUACACGACUUCCAGGCUCAGAGUCACAUGCUGGACGACUGCCGGAGUCGGUACCCGGGCUUUGACGCGGCUGUGACGAAGUUCGAGGCCAGCCCGCGCUGCCAGAAGCUGUCGGUGAAGCACUACAUGCUGAAGCCGGUGCAGCGGCUGCCGCAGUACCGACUGCUGCUGCAGGACUACCUGAGGCGGCUGGAGGUGGGCUCGGAUGACUACGACAAUACCCUCCGGGCGCUGGAGGUGGUCUGCGAGGUGGCAGAGCACGCCAACAAGAGCAUGAAAGAGGGGGACAACUUCCGUAAGUUGUUACAGCUGCAGGACCGCCUGCGCUACACCGAGAUCGUCAAACCGGGCCGGACCUUUCUCCGCGAGGGGGAGCUGAUGAAACAGUGCCGCAAAGGACCGCAGCCGCGCUUCGUCAUACUGCUGACGGACAGCCUGCUGCUGACGCGCUACUCGGGCUCGGCCACGGCCGCCUCAGGCCCACUGAACCUCGACUACGUGCUGCCGCUGGCUGGCAUGUACAUCAGCGAACCGGGCGGCGCCACAGACGAGUACCAGAACGAGUUCUCCAUCGUCUCCACGGCUCGCAGCUUCAGCCUGAAAGCUAGCUCGAACAAGGAGCGAGACGAAUGGAUGGACGCCUUGACUGGUGCUAUCGAGAAGAACACACAGAAUCGGUCCACAUUCAACCCGAUCUCGGACAGCGUGCAGGAGGGGCACAAACUCGGCGAAAAGGCUCCUGUGUGGGUGCCCGAUGACCGAGCGAGCAUGUGCCAGCUGUGCACCAUAGAGUUCACCGUCACCAACCGGCGACACCACUGCCGCGCCUGUGGGAAGGUGGUCUGCGGCCCGUGCUCGAUGGGUAAAGCGCCUCUGCUCUACCAGGGCAACUCCCCCGCUCGCGUGUGCGACGUCUGCCUCGAAGUCCUGCAAAAAGAUGUCGACGACUCAGACGUAGAUCCGCAGAACGCGUCCCAGUCUAAGAAGUCGAGCCUCGGGUCAGUGGGCAGAAAGUCGCAGCGCAAGGUGCCCAAGCGGCUGGAGGUGAGCGCCAACGUCUCCGGAUGCCAGAUGAGCGGCUACCUACAGCGGCGCACGCGCCAAAAGUGGAAACGCUUCUGGUUCGUGCUGCGUGAUAGUGUUCUCUACAUGUACCGGGCCUCGCAGGACGUGGUGGCCAUGGACAGCCUGCCGGUACUCGGCUACAAAGUGCAGCCCCUGGCCAAUGUGCGGUCGUCAUAUGAGGGCGUGGACUCCGAGCUGGUGUUCCAGCUGGCGCACGACAACCAGCAGCCGCUGCUGUUCCACGCCGAUAACCGCGCCCAGGCGGCCAAGUGGAUUUCGACCCUUCAAGGAGCCACUAUGCUCACCUAGCACCCUGGCGGGCGACGUCCGCCUUCAUCGUAGCAUCUGCAUGUGUCGCGUCUUUCAUCAUUCAUGUCAUCCACUAAUGUCGAGAUCGCUCAACCACCGGCGGCGGCCAUCUUGGAACAGGCGCCGUGGGCGGCCAUCUUGGUGCAGGCCGCCGGCUAGUCAGACGUGCGAACCCGGUGUGGCGGCCGCCCUCUUUGGAACUGACCGCGCGUCGGCUAGUCAUAAUCGCUUGCCCCGUGUUGCCGCCAGUGCUGGUGUGUCGGCGAGAGUAGCGCGUGUGGUGUGCGAGUAUCACGCCCGAUUUUAGGGCCCGUGUGUGACGCCUUAGCUGUUGAGCGAGGAGUAUUUUAUUUAUCGGCGACCGCGCGAGCCCACCGGAGUACCGGCCUCGUGCGCUUCGCUCACCUGUUGUCUCAGUUUAACAAUGUACCUUCGGCUGCGCGGGGGCCGCCCGGUACGCGGUCCCAGUGAGGCGCGCGGUACCCCGAGUACCCGUGUACCGGUACCUGACGCGCCGCCGGGACCGCGGCCGGGCGGGCCGCCUGGCGUGAGCUGUGACAGUGUUACGGAUUGUUUGUCCCAGUCGAGUCGUAAUACACUCAGACGGUGUGUCA